AGAACAAGGACAAGAGGCACCAUGAGUGGGGGCCCUGUGGGAGGCAGGCCUGGAGGUCGUGGAGGUCCAGGGGCUCAGCAGAAUAUACCCUCCAUCCUUCUCCGGGACCAUGAGAACCAGCGACUCUUUGAGAUGCUCGGACGGAGAUGCUGGACUCUGGCCACCACAGUUGUUCAGCUGUAUCUGGCACUGCCCCCUGGAGCUGAGCACUGGACCAAGGAGCAUUGUGGGGCUGUGUGCUUUGUGAAGGAUAACCCCCAGAAGUCCUACUUCAUCCGACUUUACAGCCUCCAGGCUGGCCGGAUGCUCUGGGAACAGGAGCUGUACUCACAGCUGGUCUACUCCACUCCCACCCCCUUCUUCCACACCUUUGCUGGAGAUGACUGCCAAGCAGGGCUGAACUUUGCAGACGAGGGGGAGGCCCAGGACUUUCGGGCCCUGGUGCAGGAGAAGAUACAAAAAAGAAAUCAAAGACAAAGUGGAGAUAGACGUCAGCUACCAGCACCACCAGCACCAGCCAGUGAGGAGAGAAGAGGGGGGCUCCCACCCCUACCCCCACACCCAGGUGGAGACCUAGGGGGCCCACCAGCUGGCCCGCUGUCACUGGGGCUAGUGACAGUAGACAUCCAGAACCCGGAUAUCACAAGUUCACGAUACCGUGGGCUCCCUGCACCAGGACCUGGCACAGUUGACAAGAAACGCUCAGGGAAAAAGAAGAUCAGCAAGGCUGAUAUCGGUGCACCAAGUGGAUUCAAACAUGUCAGCCACGUGGGGUGGGACCCCCAAAAUGGAUUUGAUGUGAACAAUCUAGACCCGGAUCUCCGGAGCCUGUUCUCCAGGGCAGGAAUCAGUGAGGCCCAACUCACUGAUGCAGAGACCUCUAAACUUAUCUAUGACUUCAUUGAGGACCAGGGUGGGCUGGAGGCUGUGCGGAAAGAGAUGAGGCGCCAAGGUGAGCCCCCCCCCCCCUCCUAUACACCAUCUUCUUCAGCCUUGACUCCUGGGGCCCCAGAGAGCUCAGUGCUGCAGCCGCCACCACAGAGCUCAGAGGGACUGGUUGGGGCCCUGAUGCACGUGAUGCAGAAGAGAAGCAGAGCCAUCCACUCCUCAGAUGAAGGGGAGGACCAAGCUGGGGAUGAGGAUGAGGAUGAUGAAUGGGAUGACUGA